AUGCAACGCACUCGUCCUCAAGAUGAUAUAGCUCUACUACCUGCGGCUGUUUACGAUCCGACAGAAGUAGACUCGAGACGUGCAGCGUCGGAUAGCAACGCACUUCAAGCUCUCGCUCGAGUUGCGACCCAUCAUCGCCAAGUCGGGACCGACAGUGGUACUUAUCUGCUCAUUCCUGCCAGCCCAAGUCCUCGUAAGUUUCAGCCAUCUAUGACUGUGCUGUAUAGAGCAUGAUUCCCUGAUCCGAGUCUCCCUGCAUGUCGUCAGGCAAGCGACCCCGGCUGUCGGUCAUCGGGGACAAGGACAGUCCUGCCGACGAGUGGGAGGAUGAUUUCGUCGGGGCCAAGGAUAGCAAAAGGCAUGGCGGCCCGCGCACAUUUUCCAGGUCGGAUCAUUGCGAACGCGGAAAGGGGAAGGACCGCGCCACGUUCGACCAUGCCGAACUGGUCUCCACAGAGCCCGUGCGCCAAAGUGGGUGAUUUGCUCUGGAGCCAUGACCACCCCUGUAUCCGAGCUGAUGAUACCGGCUUAUGCUUCACAGACGGUCAAUCUAAACUCUUGAAAGGUCUCGAUAAAAUCCACAAGGUCAAGUCCCACAGCGAGGGCCGGAGGCGAGAAACGACUCGUAGUUCGAGCUUUGCUCUCUUCGAUCGCCGCGCCGCCGGGGUAGCCUCCACAUUCCAGAAGGUGGAUGGAGUUGAUCGCCCAGAAAUGCAACCAAAGUGGAGGAAAGGGAAGGAGCCAGUAGACCCUCUUGCAGAAUUACGAGGCAAGGGAGGUAAGAUUGCGCGCUUUUGUAGUGCGCAACACCAUCUACGUAAGGCGACGGCAAACACACUUCCAGCCCCCAAGACGACCCGAAGCGAAACGCAUGCUCGACCAGAUGGUCCCACUGACGUCGCCGGCCAUGACAAAAAGGAUGAAGCUGAUGAUCUCGAUGUCAUUGGUGCGCCGAACAACCCCACCAAACGGACUCGAGAUGGCAAGGUAAUCGAGCAUCUUCAGCUUGGCCCGCUGGCUCAUCCACCCGUACCCGGUGAUCCCGAGUAUGCUACGAUUGAACCUUACAGCAAGAUCAGACUCCGGUGAGCUACAUGUGGUGUGGAUUCUGAAACGCGAACCCCGCGAUGGCGCUCACACACAGGCUUGCUCUUCGCGAUCUCAGCCCUGGCUCGCGAUGCAUCCCGCAUGAGGACCUUCAACACCAUUUCUCCGAUCGCUACCAUCUAAGCCCCUCGCUAUUGUACUCUUGCGCUCGCCAUCAGAGAGGCACGGAUGAAGUCGAUGUCGAGUUGGACGCAGACUUCAUCGUUGUUGGCGUGCUCGCCUGGAAAGGCCCGGUCAAGGUGACGAAUCCCAACGCGAAAGAAGGGACUAAAGAGCGAAAAAAUCUACGCUUCACUCUCGUUGACCUCUCCACCCCGGAAGCGAGCUCAAGUGGUCAUGGCCUUUUGAACGUCAUCCUGUUUGAGGCCUACAGUGUCGACAAUCGUAUCGAAGCGGACGGCUACCAGGUACCAGUAUACCAGGGCGGAAGUGGGGGCGCGUACGAAAAGUUCUGGAAAGAAAGCGUUGGUGCGGUAGUAGCGAUCCUGAAUCCCCGGAUCUUGAAACCCAGGCAGGUAAGAUUUUGCCAUCAUUCACGAAUGCCACUAGUUUCCCAAGUAACACUGAGACGAUCUCGCUAAGCUAUUCUCGAAGUUUGCAGGAUCCGGGGAAAAGCAACGUUUACACUCUUGUUCCCCAAAACGCCGAAUCGAUGAUGAUUAUUGGGCGAGCGCAGGAUUUGAGCAGCUGCAAAGCGCGCAAAGCUAACGGCAGUUCCUGUGACGAGUGGUGCGACGGGUGAGUCUGACGUCUGACCACAGCUAUCGUCUACAAAACCCAGAAUUUUGACUCUUAGGGAUCAUGACCGUAAGUCGUGUGAACAAGUACUGCCAGUACCAUGUGCACAGAGCAGUCAAAUCAACGGGAGUGCGCCGCCCCGAGACGGCGAAUGUGUGAGUCCCUUUUGGUACAGGCUUUCGGACACUUUUCGAUGUACUAACGUGCUACGGAUCAUGCCCCGUUCUCUCAAAGGAAUUCGAGUCUUUCGACCACUUCGACGUUCAAUCCUUCCGAAUUCGAACGCCAGUUUGUCCCCAGCGCGAAAACGAGGGCUGCGCGCUUUGCAAUCAAGGACGAAUACGACCCAAUGAGGAAAAUCGGCCUCUUACCCCGCGACAACACCUCUUUGAAUGACGGGUUGAAGACCUACGUCACCCGUAGCAGAUCUUCCAAACAGUUCGUCGAUAACAACCCAGGGCGGAUCAAAGCUGUCAUCGCUUCUGAAUUACGACAUGCUACCAUCACCAGCGGAAAUGGGUCAGGCGGCUACGUGCAAGGGAUUAGAGAUGGCCCAACGUUGGCCGAUUUGGAGAAGUCACGGGCAAGCAAGAGAAAGGAGCAACAAACUGCCGAGCGUGAACUCAAGGUCCUGUUACAGCACGACCAGGGGAAAACAUUAGGAGGGCAAUAUUUAGCCCGCCGAACGGUCCCAGCGGAAGCCAGCUUGAAUGCAAAUGGGCAAGUUGACAACUCGACAGUAGAGCCGAAACCGAAGAAAUCGACGUCCAAAAGUCUCGGUGAAGAAGCUUUUGGCCCACCGGCUGCUCCGGCUGAACGGCGAGCUUUCUCCACGCAUGCCGUUCAUCUGAUUGGCUAUGAUCCCACAAAAGCCGGGGAUGAAGAUGAAGGGGUCGGAGAUGCAUCGAGAGGCGAGAAGGCGCGACAGGUAAGCAAUUCUCUACGGGGCUCACACAAUACCGCACCAAGAUGCUCACGCCCUCUUCUACCUAAUUCACUUCCCAGCUUGAGAAAAUUAUGGCCCUGCCGAGAGGUCGAAAGCGCUUCAAGGCGGGCAGAUCGGGCAAGAAGGCUGUAGCUCCCAAAGCUGUGCCACCACGUCCUAGCCACUCACGGAGCCCGAGCAGGAGUUUGGAAUCGGAUUCGGACCUUAGCAUUGAAGGGGGGCCUCAAAAAUAA